CAGAUCAAUUUACUUUCAGUUUUAUCGACGAUUCGACGAACCAUUAACAACGGUUCGUCGAACGAUUCAAAUUUUUAAACAAUCAAACGCUAUUCUUAAGGGUUGCUAUUAAAAAAAAAACAUGUAUUUUUUAACAAAAGUGCCAGUGUUUCUGAUUCUACUUAUCAGUGAUUCAAUCUGUGAUAUCGAUUUAGAUGUAGUCAAUAAGAAUUUGUACGAUUCAAAAAACUUUCUGCACAAAAACACUAAUGCGGUGCUUUCGAGGAUUUUAGAAGAGAACAAGUUUAAUUCGGACGUCGUUAAUAGUGUUGGGACUAACAGUGACGUAGUGAACAAUUACGAAGAUAUAACGAUUCUUGAUGACAAUGGUAAAUUGAAAAAUUUGAAGUUCAAAUCCGCUGCGCCUAAACAGCCGGUUGAUUUGAUACACAGUGAUUUGACUUUGACUAAAGUGAAUCAAAUUGAAGUGCCAGUUACUGAACAGUAUGAGGACGAAGUGAAGUUUGAAGCUGUUGGUCAAAAACCGAAGUUCUUCGACGAAUUGAGUUCGUUGGGAUUGAUCCCCCAAACUUGCCGUUACAGGGGUGCUCGGUACCCAUGUGGGUUGAGUAUAUCCUGCGUCCUAGGGGGUGGGAAGCCCCUAGACUUAUGUUCAGGUGGCAUGAUCUGGGCCUGCUGUGUGGAUAGGGAGACCACUGAGCGACCCACUGAGGUAGCACCCGUUGUUCAUAAUGCUAGUGAUCUAAUCGAACUGAUCGGAACAUUUCCACAUGAAAACUACGAUUACCAAACCAACACAAACCAAUUUGAAGAUCCAAUUAUCAUUUACACUGACUCCAAGCCGGAUUACCACCAAAAACCGGACACAAACCACCCAGAACUGGAUCAAACCGGUAACAACCGGCCAUCUUGGAACCAAAAUCAUUUUUACCAUGUAAAACCCUCUUACCAUGAGAGUACCACGAAAAAACCUGAUGAUUUUUAUCAUGACGGGAACACUAUACAGGGUGAUGAUGAUUAUGUGCCAGUACACACUAGCAAUAAGCCGUCGCGACCUAGUUUCCCGGGUUGCGGUGAGCAUUUCACCCGGUCCAACCGUAUUGUUGGUGGACAUUCGACUGGCUUUGGUUCCCAUCCGUGGCAAGCUGCUCUCAUCAAGUCAGGGUUCCUGAGCAAGAAGCUGGCUUGUGGUGGAGCUCUGAUCUCUGACAGAUGGGUGAUCACUGCUGCUCAUUGUGUGGCUACCACUCCAAAUAACCAGCUCCGCGUUCGUCUCGGCGAGUGGGACGUGCGGGACUCAGGGGAGAGGUACUCCCACGAGGAGUUCGCAGUACAACGCAAGGAGGUGCAUCCCUCGUAUGAACCAGCUGACUUCAGGAACGAUGUGGCACUAGUCCAACUUGAUAGAGGCGUAGUUUUUAAACAACAUAUUUUACCUGUAUGUCUUCCUCAAAAGCAGAUGAAGUUAGCUGGAAAGAUGGCCACCGUGGCCGGAUGGGGAAGAACGAGGCAUGGACAGAGCUCUGUGCCUUCUGUAUUACAGGAAGUGGAUGUAGAAGUAAUCCCUAAUGAACGUUGUCAGCGGUGGUUCCGAGCUGCUGGGAGAAGGGAGACCAUCCAUGACGUAUUCCUUUGUGCAGGGUAUAAAGAGGGUGGUAGAGACUCUUGCCAGGGUGACAGCGGAGGCCCUUUAACAAUGAAACUGGAGGGGCGAAGCACCCUCAUAGGCCUCGUCUCGUGGGGCAUCGGCUGCGGUCGAGAACACUUACCAGGCGUAUACACAAACAUACAAAAAUUCGUACCAUGGAUAGACAAACUCGUAAAUCCUUGAAAAACUUAAAUUAUGUGCCUUUUGCUACAAAUCUAACUUAUUGUAAAUAGAGUUUGUUUUUAAGAAAAAGUAAUUUAAAAUAAGAAAAAAGGAAAACAGUCGUUAAUAGUAUUUUUCAGUUUUUGAAAGAGAUUUUUCAGUCAGUUGUUUGUAAUUGCAAUUUAUAUGUAAUAUGUAUAUCGACUCAUUUGUCAUUCAUUGUUACACCAAUCAUAUCAUGUUAUUCAUUCAUAUCAUCAUGUUUUCACAAUUAGUAUCCAUCAUAAAAAGGUUCAAUUCACACAUUGUCAUUUUCUAACAUAUUUUCAUAAUUAAUUACAUAAAAGUAUUUUAAAUGUCCGUAACCAUCAUUCAUUGUCAUUUUUAAUCAGUAAUUUCAUGAACCAUAUUAUUAUCUUUCACUCAAUGAAUCAUCAUUCAGUUCCAUGGGCGGCGCUGAUCGCUUACCAUCAGGUGAUCCGUCAGCUCGUUCGCCUCCUAUUCCAUAAAACAAUAAUUGGUUCCAUCAAAAUCAUACAUUCAUUAUGUCAAUCACAUCAUUGUUUGUCAUUAGAUGUGUUUCGCUGGUCUUUACAUAAAUACAUACCUACAUACGUACGAACUUGCCAAGGGGGUAGGCAGCGACUAUGGAACGCCAAUUGCUACGAUUGGCUCACUCAAGUUACUGUUUGACGAGGAACUCGACUAGUUUCAAGCCAUGCUAGAGGCUCAUAUUUAUGAGUAGCAUUCCGCGAUCCGUGACAUGUCAACUGUCGCAAUGCUACUGGUAGUUCUUAUUUACGAUUUUUUUUAUAAAAAACUCAAUUAUUUCUCAUUCAUCAUCAUUGUCAUUGUCUAUGUUACAUAAAGUAUCAUUAUAAUCAGGAAAAUGUUUCAACACAUUACAAAACAUUAGUCCAAGAUCAUGAAUUUCCCGAAAUUCCAUUAUUCAUUUUUCAUUGACUUACAUUUUCAUUCCAUUUCAUAUACUACAUACAUACAUACGUCAAUACAUAUCGUCACACCUAUUUUCCUUUGGACAAGGCAGAGAUACUUAACUCUUUCGCUUCAUCUACAUUUUCAUUUCAUCAUAAUAACAGCCAAAGGACGUCCAAUACUGAACAUAGUUUUUCUACAUUUUCACUUAAGCCUAAAAAAAUUAUAUAAUCAUCCCUUUUUCUCUUAUUAGUCCCAGUAGUUAGAACCGUUAAGGAAUUGAAUUCUUUGCCGGGAUCUGUGUGUCUUCAAGUCCCGAGUGAACAGGUUGCUCUGCUCAUAGGUAGGCGUGCUCCAUCGUCGGCCACCACCAAGCGUGAUAAACUUCAACCUAUUAAAUAUAUAAAAGUUUCAACUCUCGUUGAUAACAAACAAAUAUUUGCUCUUUAUUGUAUUAGUAAUACAUUAAAACGCUGAAACUUGGUAUAUCGGAAGCCUAAGUUAUGACAACAAGGAAAUUUCGGCCUAUCAUCGAAAGGAAUUUUAAAUUUUCACAAAUAUAUUUUUACCAAGGAAAAAUCAGGUUCUAACCUUGGACGAGGCAUUUUCCCCCUGGGAUGGGGGGAGGGGGUAAAAAUAACCAAAUACUCAUGGUAACCAAAAUUAAGGUUCCAAAACGAUAAAGAGAAAUGUUCAUAGUCCGUAAAUAUUUCCAAAAUAAGGAU